GCCCAUUGUCGCCGCCGUCAAAACGAGGCGGUCAGAGCGACGCGAUGGUUUUAUCGACCCUCUUGUUUUCGCGUUUUUUAUUGGUGGUUACAACGUCUUCAGGCUGUCCGAUAACCGAACUAAUAUGGAGACGAGGUUUUCGAAAAGUGUCCUUGAGUUGUCCGACAACCGGGCUAACCCAAGGACUUAUUUAUUUUGGUUUUUCGCGCUGUCAGGGUCCAGACCGCCAGUCUCGUCUGACAGGGUCGAGACCGCCGUCUCGUUCAUGUCAGCAAGUCGAGACCGCCGUCUCGAAAAACAAGACCGCCGUCUCGUUCAUGUCAGCAAGUCGAGACCGCCGUCUCGAAAAACAAGACCGUCGUCUCGAAAAACGAGACCGCCGUCUCGUCUAAGCAGAAAUCGAGACCGCCGUCUGGAAAACCCAGACCGCCGUCUCGUUUUUGCGAGUGACGAGACCGCCGUCUGGAAAAUCGAGACGGCGGUCUCGUCCUGGCGCUGA